AUGUCAUCCAAUGUCUGGUUGGGUGCUGAUCUCGCCUACGGGCGAAAUUUGCACCCUUUAGAGACUGCUGAAACAUCCGAUUUCACUGAGACGCUUCGGGGAACGAGUUUCGCCGGUACCUUGGUCCAGCUCUCGAAGAAGCUUCCCAACAUCGCAAUAGCAGCACCACUUCGUACCACGGAAAUGGCGUUCCAAAUGUUUGGCGCCGGAUUCGAGCCCGUGCAACUCAUCUUCCACGCUGUCUUCUUUUUCCUGCUAAAGUACCUGAGGACACUUGCCAUCCUGAGAAGGGAAAUUCGGGAUUCUUUUCAGAGCUACGACGAGCUCACACCAGAGGCACUGGCCCAGCUGAAAUAUCUUCAAGCCUUUAUCCACGAGACACUUUGUAUGCAUCUGGCUGUGCCGACUGGCAUGCCGCGACUUAGCCCUGGUGCAACAGUUGGUGGAGAAUACGUUCCCAGAGGGCCUGGGCCGAGGCAAUGCACAGGCAGGGAGAUUACCUGGUCACAAACUCGAUUAUUCCUGGGCGAGGUUCUUUGGACUUUUGAUUUGGAACCAGUUUCUGGGCACGAAAAGUCGUUUGACGAAGACUUUAGUGUUCAUGCUAUGUGGAAUCGGCCAGAUUUGUACGUGAGGCUUACUCCUGCCAAGGAGCAGCAUUCUCCGGCGGAAAAUGAAGUCUCUGAGCCACAAGGCAACAAAAUGGAAGACAUCUGUGAUGUUUGA